AGCCCAGGCGAGCCGGGCCGGCCGUGCGCUGCUGGGGAGGCGCGCCGAGGCACCCAACGGCUCCCGGCCGCCGGCAGGGGGGACCCGCGUGGCCGCCAGCCGGACGGUCUCUGCCCCGAGGCGGCUGCGCCCGCCCCUUCGGCAACGGACGGCGGGGCUCGAACUGCGGCGGCCCCCUCGGACGCGCCCCCGGGCAUGGCGCCCAGGCUGCGCGGCUGCCCCUGGAGCCGCCCGCCCCGCCGCCGCCGCCGCUGACUCCGCCGCGCCCUCGCCUCGGCCGAGCUCGGGCACUUGGAGGACGCCGGGGCCGGGAUCAGUCCUCUGCUCCUCCACCCGGGGACUGGACCUCAGCCCAGCCUGCCCGGGACUGCACGUCUGGAUCCUCCCUCGGCGUGUCACCUGGGACUAGGACGCGGGUCUCUCCUGCCCCCCACCCCCACCCCGGAACUAGAUCCUGCCCCGGGGAACUAGAUCUGCAAGGAUCAUGCAAAAAGUUCACUGCGAACUCCUUCGCGAUCUGCCCCAGCAGCCCUUGGCCGAACCGUCGAGGUGGCCCGGAGGCCGUGGAGAAGUCCGGGUGACUGUGCGGAGAUCCCGGUCUCUGCCCGGCCGGCCAGGAGUUGUCCUGAGAAAGAGCUUGGUGGCUCUAGAUAUCGCCUGCCUGCUUGCGGCCUCCAUUCCCUUCUUCCUCUGCGAGAUCGGCGUGGUCUCUCCCAUGCGCCGCGGCUUCUUCUGCAACGACAGCAGCAUCAGCUACCCACUACUGCGUGUGGAGACUAUCAGCGACUCCGUGCUCAUCUCUGUGGGGAUCCUCGUCACAUGUCUAGCUAUCACCUUAGGCGAAAGCUACCAUGUACACAACUUUCCCCACAGUUCACAUGCCAUCGUUCGCAACCCUUACGUGGUGGCACUCUACAAGGAAAUUGGCACCUUCCUUUUUGGCUGCAUGGUGGGCCAGUCGCUCACCAACAUUGCCAAGUUGGCCGUGGGGCGCCUCCGCCCACAUUUCCUAGCUCUGUGUCGGCCCGACUUCACUCACAUCAACUGCUCUGCGGGAUACGUGGAGGACUACAACUGCACAGGCAGCCCCUCUGAGGAGAAGGAGGCAAGGAAGUCAUUCUACUCUGGCCACGCCUCCUUUGCCAUGUAUUCCAUGAUGUACUUGGCGUUUUACCUCCAGGCACGCUUCACUUGGCGGGGCGCUCGGUUGCUCCGGCCACUGGUCCAGUUUGUGCUGCUGAUGGUGGCCAUAUACACGGGGCUGACCCGCAUCUCGGACUAUCGGCAUCACCCAUCUGAUGUGGCUGUGGGGCUGCUGCAGGGGGCGCUUGUGGCCUACUGGGUGGCCUUCCACGUUUCCAGCAUGUUUCGCCGCAAACGCCAGCCCCACCAACCGCCCAUCACCAUCUUGGACAGUCCCAGCUCAGAUGGCCACACCGAUUGCUAGAGGGUGACUGGCACAUGGUUACUUCCUGCUCACGCAGGGUUAAGGCCACUCUCUGUUUUGAUGGAUUCGUGGGUGCACAGAAAACCGGUACCCUCCUUGACUCCAGUACCCUGGUAUCUACUGCUGAUUGCUUAGGCACCAAAUGGGACCGAUGGCAGUUGCAUCACCGCUGUCUAGGGAACAGUUUCCUGGCUGAGAUUCUCAUAUCUACCUUGAAGCCACUGCUGGGAACACUAAAAAGGACAAGGAGAGACACUGGGGCACUUUUAUGCCAGCACCAAAGAUUUCUCUUUGGUCUGUUUCUUCUUUGAAUCUGAGCGCAUGAGGCACUUCCCGUCUGGAUUCGAGAUCCCCAUCUCUUCUAGCUUGUUUUUUUGGCAGUGGAAGGUAUGAAUUUAUCCAUGAAAUAUUAGGCAUUCCGAUCGCCUUGCUUGGAGGAGAACAGAUACUCUGGUGCUCAAGCAAUGUGUCUCAGAUGCUUGAGAAGUCACUGUGUGCCUUACCGAAACAUACACAAGAAGGAAUGAACCACAGACUCUGCAAGGGGGGGAGGAUCUAGAAGACCGCGGAGGAUUUAUGCCAGUACUGUGGUGUAGUGCACUGCCAAGUACUGCACCCCUCCUCCACCCCCUCCCCUUUCCACCUCCCAUAAUGUGAAUGGCAUUUUUAUAAUAAAUGGUACUGACAAUC